UCGGCCCGCAUAAGCCAUUUAAGAGCUAGAUAUUAUAUCCUAAUUAUAUGCAGAACUUUUCGGGCUUAAACCCUCACCAUAGCUGGAUGUCGGAUGCAUUGAUGUUAAACUCUAAAUAAUCAGUUUCAUCUGGAAACAGUUAGGCUACACUUUGGUCAAUGAUUCACGAGGCUAAUCUCCACGAGUGCCCAUUUUAAUUCAACAACGUGAUAUGGAAAAAGUCAGUUGUGUUAACGAAAUGCCACGAGGUGCUGGGAGAGACGCUCGCGCUGCAGGGUUCGCGGCUCGCUGAUCCCCUCACACACUUCACGCGCGUCAAUGACGCUGGCUCCUUGGUUAAAUCUGGCGAGGCUCGGCCUGCUGACUGCCUGGCUUUACUCGUGGCUGCUGGUGGAGGGAUGCGGACCGGGUCCAGGUUACGGCACUCGCCAUAGGCAACGCAAGUUGACUCCAAUGUCUUACAAGCAGUACGUGCCCAGUGUCUCUGAGAACAACCUGGGAGCGAGCGGAAGAGCGGAGGGCAGGGUAACGCGCAGUUCGGAACGCUUCAAUGAGCUCGUGUGUAACUAUAACACUGACAUUGACUUCAAAGACGAGGAACACACCAAAGCUGACCGGUUCAUGACCAAGCGCUGUAAGGACUGCCUCAAUAAACUGGCAAUAGCAGUAAUGAACCAGUGGCCUGGGGUCCGACUGCGAGUGACGGAAGCAUGGGAUGAGGAUGGCCAUCACCCUCCUGGUUCUUUGCAUUAUGAGGGCCGUGCGGUUGACAUCACCACCUCAGACAGAGACACAAAAAAAUAUGGACUACUUGCACAGUUGGCAGUUGAGGCUGGAUUUGACUGGGUGUACUAUGAAUCCAAGUACCAUGUGCACUGCUCUGUCAAAGCUGAUCACUCUGUAGCUGUAGAAAAAGGUGGCUGCUUCUCAGGAUCGGGACUUGUGACAAUGGCUGAUGGCGUGCAAAAACCUAUGUCAUGUUUGCGGCCUGGCGAGCAGGUGCUUUCCUUGUCUGAGUCAGGUGAAGUUGUUCUCAGUUGGGUACUUCUCUUUUUACAUCUGGAUAGAGAGAGCAGAACCAUGUUCUUUAUUUUUACCACUGAAAAUGGAAAACGAAUGGCGCUUACUCCCAAUCACCUAAUUUUUGCGGCUCCCAAUCUCAAACUGCACCACCAUGAGUAUGAAGCUAUGUUUGCCAAAAACGUUAGGACUGGGCACUAUAUACUUUCUACUGGAGACAACAGAGGACUUAAGCCAUCUAAAGUGGUCUCAAUUUCACUGGAGGAGAUGAUGGGGGUUUAUGCUCCUUUGACAGAACAUGGGAACUUAUUUGUGGAUGGUGUGCUGGUAUCCAACUACGCUUCUGUUGAGGAUCACAGACUCGCACACUGGGCAUUUUGGCCUUUACGUGUUGUUUUUCACUUUUUCCAGACAGUAAUGGAAGAGAAAUCACAAAGAGUGGUGGUUAACAGUAGUGCCAUGUUCCUUAAUAUCUGUUCCACAGAUCAGACCUUCCUCACAAAUGUGAUGCACAAUAGUUCUUCCAGCAUUUGCAAGAAAUUCCCAGAUGUCACUGUGGAAACGGAAAAUGAACACAGCAUUUUGCAACAAAAGGAGGUUUACUGGUAUGCAAGACUUUUGCACACAUUAGGACAGAUAUUUCUUGACCCUCAGAAGUUUUACUGAUGGUCAAGACAGGGAAUAUGCAAACAUAAUGUCAACUGCAAAAACGACUGUUUUACUAGUU